GAGAACUUCAGUCUGAAUCAGCUUCAGUCUGCAAAUGUUUGCCAGGCAUUUGGUGAAUACUCCGACCAAAGCCUUCAUUUAGCAGAAUCCAAACAGAUUUGCUAUCAGGUGGAGAAGAAAAGAGCAAGAUGAAAGAAGAUGCUUCCAAAAGCUCUGAUCAGAGCCUGUCUGAUCACACGCUUGACAAAGAUCUCCGGAGCAGGACAGGUCAAAGGCACUCCCCUAUCGUGUAUGACCGACUGCAGAAACAGAGGGAUGAGGACUCGCCUGGGCUGUCUGUCUCACAAGUCAGACUCAUGCAGCGACUUCACAGCCAUCCUUCCGGAUAAACCAACUCGAGCUUUGAAAAGAUUAUCCACAGAAGAAGCUACCAGGUGGGCAGAUUCUUUUGAUGUCCUCCUGACUCAUAAAUAUGGAGUGGCUGCAUUUCGUGCCUUUCUGAAGACAGAAUUCAGUGAAGAAAACCUGGAGUUCUGGCUGGCGUGCGAGGAAUUCAAGAAGAUACGAUCAACUACCAAACUAGCUGCCAAGGCCCACCGGAUUUUUGAAGAAUUUAUUGACGUGCAAGCACCACGAGAGGUAAACCUAGACUUCCAGACAAGAGAGGCAACACGAAGGAAUCUAGAAGAACCAUCACCAUCAUGCUUCGACCAAGCCCAAGGGAAAAUUCACAGCCUUAUGGAAAAAGACUCUUACCCCAGGUUCCUGAGGUCCAAAAUUUAUACAGACCUGUUGUCUCAAACCCAGAGGAGGCUCAGCUAGGGCAGGGAUCAGGAGGAGGAGUGUCCUCCUUAGACAUCACAAGCUUCCUACACUAGCCACUAGUUUCUAUGUGUGAUGUUAAAUUCAUUUUCUUACAGCAGCAAUAGAAGGAGAGGAGAAAUUGAAGAAGCAUGGAGAAAUUGAGUUGUGUACAUGGAUAAAACAUUUCACAGUAUGAAUCCAGUGCUGUCUUUGGAUCUUCAUCAUUCUAUGUAUGCAUGUCCAUAUUUUAACUGAAGACCAUGCAUAUGUAUAGCAGUAAAAUCCUUAUUCCAACCCUGAUAGAAGCUUCUAGCAUAUUACACUAUAUCUGGACAAAUCAAUGAAUUGAAGUAAAAGUAGGGUUAAGAACAAUAUUCAAAUUGGACUACUCUCUGAAAUGUUGCUGGAAGGAAAGCAUAUAAGAGAGAAAAAAGUUAUAUUUAACAUCUCCAACCUGUUUGUUUUGAGGUUGCAGCUUCUGGUAUUUCCCAAAGCCCAAACACAUCCAGUGGGGACUGAACUGGGAAAUGCGAUUUUGAAUGAACAUACAAUGAUCUUGCCAAUUUUUCUGUUCAAAUAAUUCAGGUUCACAUAAUUUCAAUUUAUAGACUAGGGAUAGAAAAGCUCAUAGCCCUCCAGAUUUCUGAGCAUCCUUUUCAAUUGCAAUUGCUGGAAACAGCACCUGGUGGGUCAUAUGGGGUCAUAUACCCAGUGCUUUUUUUCUAAAAAAAAAAAAAAAAAGGUGCCGGAACUCACACACGUCAUACAACCCGCCUUGCCUACCCUACAAGGUUCCAUCCAAAACAGGUGCCGGAACUCCAUUCUGGGCAUUCUAUGAGAAAAAAAGCCCUGUAUAUACCCCAUAUACUUUAUCCCCUGUAUCAAACAGAAAUGCUGAACUAAUGACAACUGGAUGUGAUAUUCAAUGUCUUCCCAUCAAUAUUUUGAAGAUUACUUUUUUUUUUUUUUUAGAAAAUUGUACAAAUGGACACUAGAGAAAAGAAUGUGUAAUUUAAAGUAACUCUUUCACAUUGCCUGAUAGCAAGACUGAUCUUGGCAAGGAUUUCUGAAUAUAUUUUUCAUAUUUUAGACUAAGGAGGCAAAAGUCUUUCUUCCUGGUCAAAACAUCUGUUUCCUGCACAGAAAGGACCAAACAACCUUGAUUCAUAUGGCUAGUUCUGUUACUGGACUAAUUGUCCAAGGUGCUAGAUUUUUUAAAUGGCAGAUGGGUAUUAGAGUAACACUUGCUUUGUAAAUAGGAAUUUCUGGAAAUUCUGUUGGGAUUGGAUCUAGACUAUUUUGUUAAUAAGUAAGAACAUGUGGCUGCAGCUUCCCUCACUUGAUUAUUCCAAAAAACCGAAUUGGGUGUAACAUUUCUGGAACAAAAAUGAUAAGUUUUGUUUUGUUUUGCCCUAAGGAAGGGCACUUCUGGAUGUGAAGCCCAGAAGUCUUAUUCCUUUAAGAGCUUCAACCAGAAAGAGGCAAAGUUGCAGAACAUCCCAGACUGAUGAAAAUGUUCAUUCUCCUAUUUUCAUUCACAUUGGGGGGUUGAAGUGGCACUGUUCCCCCCCGCCCCUUCCAUUGCUGUUAUUUAUUAUUACCAAACUGAUGUUGGUGCUCUGACCCAGUUCUAGGGAACCUGCUUUGCGGGGAAAAUAUCCCUCUUUUGAUGAAAAGCCCUAUCUUAAAGCUCUGUUUGCGUGAACGGAUAGAUAUUAGACAUCAUACAGCUCAUAUUUCUCUUCUCUUACAGCAGCAUGCCCAAUUAUGUAUAUACAGCAGAUGUUGUAUUUCAUAACUUGAGAUUUGCAGCUUAAAAUAGACUUCACUUAGACAUCUGCUGUGUCAUGUUGUCAGGCUUUGCAGAGAAUAAAUAUUUCACGACAGACUUUGUACUGGAUGUGAUUGCAGGGAGGCACUUGAGCUUAUUUCUACUAACAGGACGUAUGUUGGGAUAUCUGGUAAAAUGGAGAUAGAAGGAGGCAGACUGGAUGAAGCAGAAGCAAUAAAUAUAGGUGAAUUACUAUGUAUGAAUUGGAUUUCUAGCUGCCACCAUCAAAACCAAUCUGCCAAUGUUGUCUGAGAAAAUAUAGCACAUUCCUGAAGCAUUCCUGAAAUUUUAUUUUUCUGCCAGGGGCAAUUUCAAAGCAUUGUUGUCUGGCGUUCUUCCUGAUAAUCACACUGGAUGGAGGCCCCAAAAAUGCUAAGCCACUCUGUGUUAGGCUUAAUUUUGGCUUAGCAUUUAAUAAGAACUCAAUCAAUGCAGUCUGAUAAGUUUAUGCAUAGAAUGAAUCCAGUAUCAUUCUCUGUAGUUGAGAAUCUCUGCAAUGUAACCCAGCAAAAUGACGAUAAGGAAUUGCAAAUAUGGAUGGAGGAGGAGCAGGAGACGGCUGCUGGGAGUCGUUCUAUUUGCAUUUAUUUCUGGAGUGAAAGCUUAUUCAGAUAUGCAGUCUCCCCAUCUGUAAUAAGAACAAUAGAUUUUUUUUAAUAAAGAAGAACAUAAAGUAGAAAACUGAGCAAUAUGAUGGUGCUUUUGUAGCUUUGUAGUUAUAAUUCAGAAGGACUCAAAUGUAAUGGAAGGAAAAUGGAUUUCCUAGUAGGGACAUUCUAAAAUUAGAGUAAGAAUAAUUUAGGAGAUUUCUUAGGGAAUCAAGGUUGCAUUUUUUGCAGGGGGGUUUGUGUGGGGAUAUCAAAUCUCUGGAUUUUAGUCAUGUAACACCUAUAAACAAUAAGAGCUUAUUUAGCAAAGGAGAAGAGUAUCUAUGGCGUUCAUAGGUUUUUAUGCUGGAUUAUUACUCCCAGGAUCCCAUGAUAGAUACUGAGUUGUAUUGCAACUAUCCUUACCUCCUCACUUCGCAAAUGCUUAAAGCAUUCCGAAGCAAGAUUUAAAACAGACGCUCAUUUAGCAUAUAGUACAGAAUGGAAAAAUACUGCAAAAGCUUAUCGAAGGUCAUAGACUAGUAAACAGUCACUCUGGUAGUUGCAAGCCUGUUUCAUAAAUAUUAUUUUUUCUUUCAUGUGGCGUGCUUUGGGCUGCAGUCUUCUAGCCCUUGAACAAAAGUAAGGAUCAUUCAUUUUAAUGGUCUUACUUCUAAAUCCCAAGAUUUGCAUUAUUACUUUUUCAGGAUUGCUACGAACUUUUCAUUAUGCUGAUAAUAUUCUUCUGAAGAAACAGUAGAAUCUUAGAUGAGCUUUCUAUCUGCCUUCUGCCUCUCUUUCGGUCUCUGAAAGCUUACCUCAUGGUUUAGACUACAGGAAAGUAAAUUGUAUUUUUUAAAACAUAAUGAAAGGAAACAUCUGAAAGCAGUAUAAUUAUUUUGGUGCUUUUGUGCAAGGAAAUUAUUUUUCUUGGAAAUAAAAAUUAUUUAGAACUUUAUUUUAAUGGAAAAAUAGUUAUCCCUUGUAAAUAUCAUGUGAACAGUACAGCCUCAUGUGAUGAAUAAUUUCUUUCCCUAUUAAUAAAUUCAAGGAAAUGGAUGCAGGCCAUUAAUUAUCAUAAUAAUAUUCCCUGUAAAAGAGGGAGAGAUAUAUGCUUACUUUAAUUUAACUCUAAUGGACAAUCCCAGGAAAAAACAUUCUUCUAAGCUCUAUUGGUCUAAAUAUAUUAAACAAAAGCAAUCUAUCAUUUAUUAGUUAAAGGUUUCUAUGCCCCAAAUUCUAAUGUCACAUGAAAGCAAGGGCAGUGGAGAAUACACAUGAUGUUCCCACAGUUUCUAGAAAUCUCUGUUUUGAAAGGUUCUUAAUUUGUAUGUCAUUCCUGUUGUCUCAGGCUUUUCAAGAAACCAUAAAAUAAGUAUAAAUACUGCAUGAUGUGGAUAAAGUGAACAGGCAGGAGCUACUUUCCCCUUCCCAAAAGAAUAGAACCAGAGGUUACUCAAAUUGAAUCCUGGAAGAACCAAGACAAAUAAAAGGAUUUGGUUUUACACAGCAUGUAAUUUUUAGAUAUUAGAAUACACUAUUAGAAUACACCAUUACUACCAGCUUCAAAACAAGGUUGGACCAGUUAAUGGAAGUCAUGGAGAUCAAUGGCUAUUAGCCUUGAUGUUGGUGUGACUACCUCUGAAGGCCAUUUAUGGGAGAGUAGUUGAUUACCUUUGCAGUUGGUAGGCCACUGUGAGAACAGCUGCUGGACUAGAUGGGCCAAAGUAUGAACCAGCAAGGCAUUACUUUUGUUGGUUCCAUGUCGAUUCUUGCAUGUGUAACAUGGCUGACUGGCUGGCUGUAGUUGGUUUAUCCAAGGCUGGGUCUCUCUGAGGUCAAACUUAACUCCUUGGAGAUUCACUUGAUUCCUUUUUGUGUAUUUCAUAAUACACUAAUGCAUCAAUCUAUAUAUUAGAGUGGGCAGUCAGAACAACAAUAAAAUCCAACCUGAACUAACACAGUGACAAAGAAUUUCACCACAAUUACAGGGAAAAUUACAUGGAUGUGUCAAUGUAAUUACUAGGAGUCAAGCUUGACAUAAAGAGAUCUUUUUCAGUUAAAUGACUUAUGGGAAAUGGCCAGUAUGUUUACUUUAUUCCUAGUAUAGACUUGUGAUAUUACUUCAAUAUACAUGAUUUUCCUGCCACAUCAGCAAGAACAUAUUGCUGUGCAUGCCUGUGCCCCUGAGAAACAGGAUAAACUGCAGGAUAUCAUCCAUGUUGAUUUUUGGGUUGUUAUUUUAUGUACAAAACAUUUAAAGAGAGAACAUGGAAAACAUUAUUUGUACACUCAUAACUAAGCUUGUGUAUUUAUUUAGAAAAACAUGUAGGAAUAGACAUGUCAUAAUCUUCUGAUUAUAUAUCUGAUUACAAUAAACAGUAUUAACAAUGUUCUUGCAUAUGGAAAAA